UGCUCAGACUGUGGGAAGGGAUUUACUCAGAAAUCCAACCUGCAGGCACACCAGCGAGUUCACACUGGUGAGAAACCAUUUACCUGCUCUGAAUGUGGGAAAGGAUUCACUCAGAAAUCCAACCUUGUGUCACAUUACCGAGUUCACACUGGGGAGAGGCCGUUCACCUGCUCAGACUGUGGGAUUGGAUUCUCUCAGUCAUGGCAACUGAAUGAACAUCAACAAGUUCACACUGGAGAGAAACCGUUCACCUGCUCAGAUUGUGGGAGGGAAUUCACUCGA